AUGGCAAUUUACCAACUCUAUCACUAUGCCCCCUCGCUCGCCGCCGCCAUCGCCGCGACCGCCAGCUUCGGGCUGCUGACGACCUGCCACGCAAUCCACUACCUAGCCCAGCGGACCUGGUUCUUUACCCCGUUCGUCAUCGGGGGCAUCUUCGAAACAACAGGCUACGCAGCCCGAAUUAUCAACAGCCAACAAACGCUGCACUGGAGCACAGCCCCCUACAUAAUACAAUCCCUACUGAUUCUCAUCGCGCCCUCCCUCUUCGCCGCCUCAAUCUACGUGAUUCUCGCGCGCAUCAUCCGCCUCACCAACGGCGAUACCCGAUCCCCUCUCCGCGCGAACAGAAUCACACGUAUCUUCGUCAUAGGCGACGUGAUCGCCUUCCUAGCACAAGCAGGCGGCGGUGGACUGCUCGCCAGAUCCACCUCGUCGUCCACCACCCACCUCGCCAACUGGAUUGUCAUCGCCGGGUUGAUCGUGCAGAUCCUCUUCCUCGCUGCAUUUAUGUGUGUGCUCGGUGUGUUUCAUCGAAGAAUGGCCCGGCAUCCCACGCGGCGCGCGAGGAGGACUCGUGUGCCUUGGUGGAGGUUUCUAUGGGUGUUGUAUGUGGUGAGUGGCUGUGUGUUGGGGCGGUCGGUGUUUCGGGUCGUGGAGUUUGCGUGCGGGGCGGAGGGGGUCUUGCAGCGCCGGGAGGUGUGGUUGUAUGUGCUUGAUGGGGGGUUGAUGGGGGUUGUUAUGGGGGUGUUGCUGGUUUGGCAUCCGAGCCGGAUGAGGGAUGGGGGUGGGGAG